AUAUCUCAGGGUGCAGUGUAUGUGUCAAGGUCAUGAACCUGGCCUGAGCUCUGGAAUGAAAAGGGAAACUAGAGCCUAGAGGUCGAAGAGGAAGUUGGAAGUAUAGACGGAGAAGUCCAAGGAAUCAGUGGGACUUUUAAAGUCUCCACACAAGGAGUCUGUGCUUGAAGAGCUACAGGAAGCACUUGACUUUUAAGGCACGGAAGCGGCUGCUGUCCUUGUUUUCCAGAUCUGCAGGGACCACCUUAAGCUAGCUCCACCUUAAACAGGCUCCACCCAGUACGGCCAUUGGUCCCAGCUAGAGGCUGGCGGGCACUGCCUCCUCCCCGUCCUAGAACUCGCACCUUAGCUGUGGUCUGGCUAUGGCUAAGCUCCUUCGAGUGGCAACCCAGAGGCUGUCUCCCUGGAGGGGCUACUGCUCCAGGGGGUCACAGGGAGGACUCAGCCAGGACUUUGUGGAGGCUCUGAAGGCAGUUGUAGGGAGCCCCCAUGUCUCUACUGCUUCUGCCGUCAGAGAGCACCAUGGGCACGACGAGUCAAUGCACAGGUGUCAACCUCCUGAUGCCGUGGUGUGGCCUCAGAAUGUGGACCAGGUCAGCCAACUGGCAACCCUGUGCUACAACCAAGGUGUUCCCAUCAUCCCAUUUGGCACUGGCACCGGUGUUGAAGGGGGAGUCUGCGCUGUGCAGGGUGGAGUGUGCAUGAACCUGACCCAUAUGGAUCGCAUCAUGGAGCUGAAUACAGAAGACUUCUCUGUGGUGGUGGAGCCUGGCGUCACCCGGAAAGCUCUCAACACCCACCUGCGAGACAGUGGCCUUUGGUUUCCUGUUGACCCAGGUGCAGAUGCUUCUCUGUGUGGCAUGGCAGCCACAGGGGCCUCAGGCACCAAUGCUGUGCGCUAUGGAACCAUGCGCCACAACGUGCUCAACCUGGAGGUGGUGCUGCCUGAUGGCAGGCUGCUUCACACUGCGGGCCGGGGUCGCCAUUAUAGGAAGAGUUCGGCUGGCUACAAUCUCACGGGACUCUUUGUGGGCUCAGAGGGGACUCUGGGCAUCAUUACAUCUGCUACCCUGCGCCUGCACCCUGCACCUGAGGCCACAGUGGCAGCCACCUGUGCAUUCCCCAGUGUUCAAGCUGCAGUGGACAGCACAGUUCAGAUCCUCCAAUCUGCAGUGCCUGUGGCCCGCAUUGAGUUCCUGGAUGAUGUCAUGAUGGAUGCCUGCAACAGGUACAGCAAAUUGAAUUGCCCCGUGGCACCCACACUUUUCCUGGAGUUCCAUGGCUCCCAGCAAUCAUUAGCAGAACAGCUACAACGCACAGAGGCAAUCACUCAGGAUAAUGGGGGCUCUCACUUCUCCUGGGCCAAGGAGGCAGAAAAGCGCAGCGAACUUUGGGCAGCAAGGCACAAUGCUUGGUAUGCAGUCUUGGCCCUGUCUCCUGGACGGAAGGCCUAUUCUACGGACGUGUGUGUGCCCAUCUCUCGGUUGCCGGAGAUUGUGGUAGAGACCAAGGAGGAGCUUAAGGCCUCAAAACUCACAGGAGCCAUCGUUGGGCAUGUGGGUGAUGGCAAUUUUCAUUGCAUCAUGUUGGUUAACCCAGAUGAUGCAGAGGAGCAGAGCAGGGUCAAGGCCUUUGCAGAAAACCUGGGCAGGCGUGCCCUGGCACUCCAUGGGACAUGCACCGGAGAGCAUGGCAUCGGGCUGGGCAAGCGGCGGCUGCUGCAAGAAGAAGUUGGUACAGUGGGCGUGCAGACUAUGAGGCAGCUCAAAGACACACUGGAUCCCCGAGGUCUCAUGAACCCAGGCAAAGUGUUAUGAGGAACUUGGAACACUUGGUGACCCAUAACCCCCAGGAUGCAGAGCCCCUUUUCUGGACCUUCUCUUCAUGCCACUGACUUUGCAAGAAAAAGAAUGACUGAUGCCAUCUCUGCCUGCCAGGUAUCUCUCUGUAGCCGGGGCUCUUUCCUUGCCGUUGUGAGCCUUUUGCUCCCGUAGAAAACCCACGGUGUUUCUUCCUGGCUGGCAGAGAUGGUGUGGGUCUACUCCGAACCUAAGAUCAGAUCCCUCUGUGGAGGCCUCUCCUGUUGGUGUCCAGCAUCAUGAUUCAUCCUGUACACAGGGCUAGAACACCCCUUUUCUGCACAGGGAAGGAGUCUUCCAUUCCACACAGUCAGGCCUUCACCCUGUCCCCAUCACCCACAAAUGUGAACCCUAUUGCAGCUGUAUCCUCUCCCCCUUAAGCCAUUUGUUUGGGGCCUGUCCUCUCAGACUAAUAGUAGCCUGGGAAGGUGGAUGGAGUUCAUCUUUGGAAGAAAGCCAGUCCCAACACCUCUGCUUUGACGUACCUGAAGCAGAAGGCCCACCUGUGGUGGAGGUUACUUAGGACAGCUUCCCCACCAGGCUGGGACUGGAACAAUCUCUUCAAACUGCUGCUACACAGGCUAUUAAAAAUGGAGAUGACACCA